CGGUUUCUUUCAUUCAGCGUUAUCGUUUGCCAAAAGGGUGUUUCCAGAUAAGAUUUCAUUUCCGGGAAAAUGACAUCGUCUUCCCUAAUUUCCCUCUAAUUUCAUUGUUUAUGUGGGAAAAUCUGAGCUUCUAAUGGCUCUUCUUAUCCAUUCACCGGUGGCGCUCGUAAACCCCAAAGUUUUCUCCGAUCACAGCCCUAGCUUUAGGAAGCUUCAGAGCGGUAAAUCCUUCACAGACGGUACUGUAACUGGGCCUAAUUGUGGGAUAAGAGUUUCUUGUAGGGUGAAAGAGUUUGGGGUGUCGCAUUUGAAUCAGCAUGUGAGAGUGAAGCCGUACGGUCUUUUUUCAGCCCCGGUAAAGCUAGAAUCGAGGCCGAGCAAAGAGGAGGAAGAAAAGCAGAAUUACUAUUUGAAUCUGGGCUAUGCGAUCCGGACUUUGAGGGAGGAGUUCCCUGAGCUCUUUUAUAGGGAGCUUAGUUUCGAUAUCUACAGGGAUGAUAUCGUAUUUAAAGAUCCUCUCAAUACAUUCAUGGGCAUUGAGAAUUACAAAUCAAUCUUCUGGGCAUUACGAUUUCAUGGCAGGAUCUUUUUCAAGGCUUUGUGGGUUGACAUAAUUAGCGUGUGGCAGCCUGUUGAGAGCACGAUAAUGGUUCGCUGGACCAUUCAUGGAAUCCCUCGAGUUCCAUGGGAGAGUCGUGGAAGGUUUGAUGGAACCUCUGAAUAUAAACUUGACAAAGAAGGCAAGAUUUAUGAACACCGGGUUGACAACAUUGCUGUGAAUUCACCUCCAAAGUUUAAAGUGCUUGGCGUGGAACAAUUAAUCCAAUCUAUUGGAUGCCCCUCAACCCCAAGACCAACUUACUUUAAAAUAUCUUUGUCUUCAAAGAGAACUUUGCAUGGGUGAAGUUCUUCAAAAUUUUGGUGUAAAUUGUGAAUGUUAUGCUGAAGUAUUGAACUAGACAUAUAAAGCUGUCGUAUAUUUGUGCUCCAAUGUAGUAGUAAGUGUGUAAAGGAUCUAUAUUGGCUGUUGUAAGUAGCAAAAUUUUCAGCCAUGUAUAUAUUUUGUACACUCCGUUUAUUCUAUGGAUUUGCUAAGCGUUGUCAUCAGAUGCAGUUGGACUUUCGAA